UAAAACCAGAUACUACUCCUUGUUUAAACCACAUACAGAGGUUUUCCAGGUCACUUGGCUCCUGUUUCUUGCCUAAUAGUAUCUCCUCCUCUGUGGUUUUAAAGUAAAGAACAGCUUGAUUUUUUUUUUUUUCAGUUGAGCUCAUGCCAAGUGGUCAUUUGAUGUGAGUGGACAACCUGUACCUGUACCUUAUUCUCUGAAUUAUGCCAUGACAACCCAUGGAGAGAUACAGGAUUAAUGAUAAGUGGGAUACCACAAAAAGAGGAUGCAAGUAUUAAUGGCAGGUGGUUAUUAGUGUGCCAGAAACUUCCAAAUUAACCACCAUGCUGCUAUUAAUUUUUAGCAGAGAGGCCUUAAAAAUAUCCUGAUCUUUCAGGCUGACUUCUAAUAGUAGCACUACAAGAAUUUAAUAGCAAAAAUCUAGAGAGCAAAUAUUUAACUCAAUUGGCCUUCAACUGGUCAUGCGACAACCUGCUGCCCACAGCAUCUGAUGGAAAAAGUCUGCAUUUAGUAACAUAAAUACAGGCUGUUUUAUCUCAUACCCAUGAGAUAAAAGGUGAGCCUGUUGUAUAAAGACUCAUCUCCCUUAGCACCAGUCUCUGUGUCAAGCACUGUGAGAAUGAAGUUCCUGGCCCUGCUUUUCCUGCUGUCAGUGGGCGCAGCCAGCGCCGAGGUCUCGCCCCGGGCUGUGUGGCUGUUCCGGAAGUUGAUCAAGUGCACCCUGCCCAAGAGCCACCCGCUGCUGGACUUCAACGGCUACGGCUGCUACUGCGGCCUGGGGGGCAGCGGCACGCCCGUGGACGAGCUCGACAGGUGCUGCCAAGUGCAUGAUGAGUGCUACUCACAGGCAGAGAAACUAGAAUCCUGCAGAUUCCUCCUGGACAACCCCUACACUAAGUUUUACCGCUACAGCUGUUCUGAUGGGGAGAUCACAUGUAGCAGCAAGAACAAGGAGUGCGCCAUGUUUAUCUGCAACUGCGACCGCGCCGCUGCCGAGUGCUUCGCCAAGGCGCCCUACAACCCCGAGCACAAGGACCUGGACACCGACAAACACUGCAAAUAAUCGCCCUCAUGUUCGUCAGGGCGACUGCAGGACCAAAUAAACAAAUAAAUAACCUAUAUUGGUACUCCUGACUGCUGGCCACCGCCGCCCUGAGGGGAUGGGGCGGCAGGCGGGGCGUGAGGGAAGCCCCGCCCCCUCUGCUCACGGACCCUCUGGCGCGUGCG